AGGAAGUCUGGUGUAUAACGGUACUUUUGCACCAUGACAGAAAUUUGUCUGAUAAUCGCGUUUGUAUUUUGUUUGUUUAUUAACGCGUGUUUAACAGGAUUUCAAAUACAGGCAUAUUCAUCGUCUAAACUGAGACUUUCCCAUAAUCUAGACGAGGAAAGGCGGAAUUUGGAGCCGUUAAUUCAAACCAUCCACUUGAAAUAUCAAAGAAAACAUAAUGACAUUACAGGUUUUGAACCGGGAGACAAUGCAGCUCCAUUUCAGAUUAAGACAUUGGAUGGGGAAUUUAAUUAUCCCGUGCAAAAGAAAUCGUCCGUGGUUAUCCACGCCUUCACUAACAAGUCGGCUUUCUUGGAGUGCUUGUGGUCCUCAAACGCCUCACUGACCGACUUGGUCGAGUACCUGCCCGAAAACACUCAUGCAUUGUUUUUAUCUCUGGAUGACUCUGCUGCUGAAGACGCGCUUUGGAUGAGGGAGCAGGUCUAUCACAUUGCCUCGGCCUCUCACAGGGGGAAAGAUGUCCUCUCCAGAUUACAUUUUUCACCCGUCCCUGUUUUUGCGUUGGGCAACUGGAUCCCGAAGGUCCUGUAUUCCUGGGGUUGCAGUGGACACAACUGCGGCUUGGCUCAAGCUGUGUUCACUUCCAUAGCAUGGAAUAUACCGGUGAUCGCCAAGCGACUGAACGCCAGGUAUGAUUGGUUGAACGGCCACUGGGACCAGAAACCAUACCGACUGAGGGAUGGAGGUGAUGGUUGUUCACCCGCUUCCUCAGUUGCAGGUGCCGUUGCAUGGGUUACUGAUAGCGGUUGUUCAUUUUUCACCAAGGUGAAGAACAUGGCAGCCUCUAAAGCAGUGGGAGUUCUGGUAUAUGCUUCAACUGGGCAUCCAAUCAAAGACAUGGACUGUAUUGGAGAGGAAUGCUACACUGCGCUAGGAAUACCUGCUGCCAUGGUGCACUUAGAGGCAUCUGUUGACAACAUCCUUCGAGCUGGGAAAGAAGUGAACGUGUCUUUCCAAACCACUCCCUCUCCCAAUUUCUUCUUUGGAAUCGACCAGCAGGGGGUGCUGUGUGAGACGGGCUGGCUCCUCUACCCCACUUUCAGAUUCCUCAGCUGGCAGGCCCAGUGGUUUGAAUACCAGGAGGGCUUGAGGGAACACCUAGAGAGGCCAGCUACAGUCGUGCCUGUGUUUGACCGCGUCCAGAUGCAGGGGGAACAUGGGGCUCAAGCCACGGUGGACCUCCCCACAGGUGGGCUGGACUACAACGUGCUGGAGCUGGAUGCCUCCCUGUCCUGUCCCGGCCGAAGGGAUGAAACAUGUGCUCACUGGGACCACACCGUGCAGCUGUUUGUGUGCUGUGACCACUUCAGCCCGUACUGCAACAUGGAGCUGGGACGCUGGAUCAGCGCAUUCCGCAGAGGAAUUGGUCGUUGGAUUACUGAUGUGUCUCCGCUCAUGCCCUUGUUGAAUAAUGGGAGAUGUACGUUCACCAUGAAGACUGUGCCCUGGGCCAUGCCCUGGGUCGUGACCCUCAACCUUCGCUUCAGUCAAAGCAAUCAGUCAGCUAUUUUAAUCAAAGAAACCGGCAAUGUUGAAAGGCUUCAGCCAUUCAAAUUGACAUCACUGUUUGAUGGAGGCACAUUUGACAAAGGCUACAAUAAGAGAUUCCAGCCACUGAAGUUUACCAUCCCAACCUCAACCAAGAAGGUUGAGCUGUAUGCCGUCAUCACUGGCCAUGGUAGCGAUGAGUAUGGCUGUGGAGAGUUCUGUGUAACCUCGCACCAUUUCCUGGUCAAUGGCAUCUACAAUAAUACCCGCAUUUUCGACUCUGCAGGAAGCGCCCUUGGUUGUGCCCUCCGCGUGGCAGAGGGGGCUGUGCCAAAUGAGCAUGGCACCUGGCUCUACGGGCGCGGGGGCUGGUGCGACGGACUGCAGGUCAACCCAUGGAGGGUUGACCUCACUAAUCAGCUUGAUUGGAGUGGAGCCAACAGUAUCCACUACUUCGGUUUAUAUGAAGGAAUGGACCCCAAUCCGUCCAGCAACCCUGGCUACAUUGUCAUGUGUUCAUAUCUUGUGUUCUACAAAUGAUUCAUUGUGUGCUUGUUUGUUUGUUUGAUUGAUCAUUUAAAUGGUUUGUGUGUCAGUUACUAAACCACUGUGAUUAAAAUCUCUAUUUUUCCAAC